CAAUAAGCAAAAGUACCCGAACCUAAUAAUAAACAUCGCAGUGAUCUAGUCUUCUAGAUCUUAGUCUUCUACUUCUAGAUCUAGAUAGAUCUAGAUAUCUAGACUCUUGGCCCUUUUGUUGUCAAUCUUGUGUCGAAAUACCAUAGUAUAACACGUCGUAGUAUUAUACGACAGUGACACCCACUUAACUGCUCAAUCUUUGAGGAAUGAGAGAAGGUCACAAUGCCGCUGUUUGGCAAAAAGAAAAAAGGCACAACAAGAUCCUGAGCCACGCUUUGACAUGUCGUCCUGUGAACUGCGUGAGGUUCCAUCCGGUGUUUAUGCAAUCUGCAAAGUGCUUCAAAAACAGGUUCUCUUGCUACAUGACAAUUGGUUGUCCAGCCUAUCUUCAGAGUUGGCAGAGCUCAGCUACCUUCAGGUUCUAGAUCUGCACAACAAUGAGUUCAAAACUUUGCCUGAGGAGAUCAGUUGUCUGACCAACCUAAAGGUGCUCAAUGUUGCCCACAACAAGCUCAAGUCCCUCCCAGAUUCCUUCAGCAAACUCUCGGCACUACAGACCCUUAAUUUGAAACACAAUCGACUGAAAGAAUUCCCUGAUCCUGUCUGUGAUCUUCGCUUCCUGCGUACCCUGGACAUCUCCAGCAAUGAGGUGCACUCACUUCCUGUCCAGCUGUGUCACAACCGAGCCUUGGAGACGCUGGUGCUCGACACGGACAAGAUGCACUAUCCCAAACCUGAAGUCUGCUCCAAGACCACAGCGGCUGUCAUGAUGUUUCUUUGUGGGGCUGCGGAGGUGGAGUAUGAACAUCCGUCCAAGUACUGGCUCAAAGUGGAGGCGGCAGAGCAGGGACUCAAAGCUUCCACCAGCGAGGGAUACCUCAACGCCUCCCAGAUCGAGGCUCAAAUGAUGGAAGGAGUGCAUGCUUAUCAGAAUGUUUUGGGCGUCUUCUGUCUUCUAUCACACAGAAUCAGGACCAGAUCACCAAAGAUCUCACAGACUUGAACAGCAAGCGAGAAGCUGAGCGAGAAGAACUGUUGCAAUACUUGACUGAUGUGGAGAACGGGGCCAGCAGUUUGCUGUCCCAGUUACUGGACUACAAUGUCAAGGCCAAAGAGACAGAGGAGUUGCUGGAAAUGAUGGAGGAAGAAAGGAUGAAGGAAGAUGAUUGGUUCACAGUUAGAUGGGAGGAGCUACAAAAUCUUCGGAAACAGGAAGUCUUAGAUGCCAUGAAGGUGAUGCUGACGGAGUUUGCCGAUAUCGAGGAAGCAAGGCUGGGUGUGGAGAUGGAUAAAGAUGAGACACGACGUGAUGCUCUAGAACAAGAGACACUGGAUGAGGGUCAGAUGGAGAGUCUGAUGUACCAUAAAGACGUUGAGCACCAGAAGAUGGUGCGGAAGCUGGCAAAAGAGGAUGCCCUUCAGAAGGCAGCAUUUGAGGCUCUGAUGUUCUCCCGCGACUCGGCUCACUCGAGGAUCCGCAGUCAAAUCAUGCUCAUUGAGAGUGAGUUAGCUCAGCUGACGACACUGGAGAUGGACCAGCAGGCUGCAAGGGUGGAACACCAGAUUAACAUUGUGGCUGACCAGAGGAUUGCAUUGUCGGCCAUGUUGUCACAACUGUUGGAGGAGAAGGAGAAGAGACAGGCAGAGCUGAAGAAACGACUGGGUGAGAUGGAGCAACAGCGCGAGGAUGGCCAGGCUGACUACUGGUUGGUGCAGUACCAGAGACUGCUGGACUGGAAGCCGCAGGCUCUCAUAGACAGGGAGAGCCAGCUGGAGAUUGCUGUCAAGGAGGUACUGGUGUCGUCAGGGGCUGAGGACUACAUCCCCGUGUUUGCUCGGCACCGCAUCACCAUCGAGACGCUGAUGUCCUUGACAGAGGCGGACUUGUCGCAGAUGGGCGUGCACGAGCUGGGCCUGCGGAAGGCCAUCAUGAAGAACAUUGCCAUGCAAGAUAUACAGGUUAAGACAGGAGAGGAGAAGGUGCGGGAAAAGCUACAGGAGCCUUGCUUAGCCCCGCUGGAGCUUCACCCCUCGGCUCCCUCAUCGGCCGCGGAAGCAGACCCAGCUGGCAAGUCCGUGGCCCUCCCACCCUCGCUGUUGGAGCGCCAGUCGUCCAUCACGGCCCGCGGGGUCAACUCAGAGUGUGCUGUCUGCCUGGACAAGAUGUCCAACAUCAUUUUCCUGCCCUGCGGCCAUGUGUGCUGUUGCACAGCCUGCGCCCAGCCCCUCAGCGAGUGCCCGCUGUGCCGAGCCGAAAUCAAAGUCAAGGUCAAACUGUCUUUGCCCCAGGCUGUCUAACAACGGAGGCAGUUGCCAUGGUGAUUGAAAGCGGACAUGAUAGGGCACGCAAAUCGUCAGACAGCACAGAAUAUGCCUUGAUAUAACGUGACUUUGAAGGGAGUAUGAGGUCAAAUCAUUUCUGGGUUUGAAAUUGAAAAAAGUGUGAGUGCUCAUUGUUCUGGAUGUAAAAGUGAAAGGAGUAUGAUUACUUCUUGUUUCUUGGUUUGAUAUUGAGUUUUCUCCACAGGUGAAUGGCCUCCAGGCAUUUACUGAUAUUUAUGCCUUUUCCUGAUUUUAUACCGGUUUUUUCUUGAGUCAGUCUUACUACCCUUAUGGAUUUCUUUCUCUGGCACUGGAAUACCUGGAUUAGAUAUAACUCAAAUGUGUCAGGACGCGGUGGAAUCAGGUGCUCGUCAAUUUUCGGGCAUGAACGGUUAUUGUUGUCAUCUUAAAGCGUGUUCAUUUGUCUAUCU